CUCAAAUGCUUACAUAGUCUUUACUCUAUUUGAAUAGAUGUUUCCGUCUCAGUUAAUUAAGUUCAAUUGAAUUAAAUUUGUACAAGAUGUUGUUGCUUGAUAUAAUGUCAAAAAAGAUAUGUAACGAAGUAUAUAUAAUUGCGGAAAUUGGUCAAAAUCAUCAGGGAUGCCCCGAAACGGCUAAACGGAUGAUACUGGAAGCGAAGAAAGCUGGAUGCCACUGUGUGAAAUUUCAAAAAUCCGAUUUGGCUGCAAAGUUUACAAGUUCCGCCCUAAAUCGAAAAUACGUCAGUGAUCACGCCUGGGGCAGCACAUACGGGCAGCAUAAGGAAUAUUUAGAAUUUUCCAAGGAGGUGUACCAUCUACUGCAGGACUAUAGCCGUGAAAUUGGAAUCGAUUUCACUGCAUCCGCUAUGGAUGAGCGUUCUCUGGAGUUUCUGGCAGAUUUACGAGUUCCGUUUAUUAAAAUUGGCUCAGGCGAUGCCAACAAUUUUCCACUUCUGACAAAAGCUGCUAGCCUGCAAAUACCUUUGGUUAUAUCAACCGGAAUGCAAACCAUGUCCACAGUCGAUAAGAUCGUUGAAAUUAUGAGCGAGUCACGAAAUGAAAUGUAUGCCCUAAUGCACUGCAUCUCGGCAUAUCCGACACCGCCAACUGAUUGUAAUUUAGGUUUGAUAUCAGUGCUUAUGCGACGAUUUCCUAAUGUGACCAUUGGGUACUCUGGCCAUGAACUGGGUGUGUCCAUUACAAAGGCAGCAGUUUUGAUGGGCGCCCGGAUCGUUGAGCGACAUUUUACCUUGGAUAAGAACCAGAAGGGAUCAGAUCAUCGCUGCUCUCUUGAGCCAGCCGAAAUGUGUUCUCUUGUACGCGGUAUAGAUCAAUUUAGGCAUAACAAAUAUCUUCUCAACGCCAAUUAUACUGUUGAGGAAAUAAUUAAGAUGCUGGGCGGCGGAGAUGAGUUGAGAGCAGCGCUGAGCGAAGUUGAAAAUAAGGAUAUUUUAGAGUGUGAGCUGCCCUGUCGCUUCAAAUUGGGUAAAUCAAUUGUGGCUGCUCGCGAUCUGGAUAAGGGCCACAAAAUUCAAGUCUCCGAUUUAACAAUUAAGGUCAGUGAGCCGUCGGGUAUAUCGGCUGAAACAUAUUUUGAUAUAAUUGGCAUGCAAUUGACGCGAAGUGUUAAUCAAGAUGAGCCCAUAAUUGAGAAUGUGCUGACGUCAUAAGCCAGCGUAGUUUAUUUUUGUUAAUAAUAAAAUGUAUGAAAGUCUUA